AUGUGUAGGAAGCUGGGCGGGCCGGCGGAGCAGUCGCCGGCGCGGCCGUUGUCUGCGCCGGCGGAGCACGUCGUGACCGAGCCUCCGUCCUGCAGCUUCCGCGUGCGCGGCCCCCGGUACCUGUCGAGCAAGGCGAAGAUCCCGUGCGACUGGGCGGGGAUGCGGCUGCUUGGCUGCGACCUCUGGAAGGGGGGCGAGAGGAUGGAGCACGUCGCGGCCGGGCCGGCCGCAGGCAAGGACCUGCUCCUCAUCAACUUCCAGUGCCCUGCAAAGGGCGGCGGCUCCGUCUCGGUCGUGCUCUGGUGGGUCAUGACGGAGCGCGCGGCCGAGGACGCGCGCUUCACGGGCCUCUGGCGGCGCUUCAUGGACAGCGGCGACGACAAGUGGCGCUGA